GCGGACCGGCCGACCAGCCAGCCAGCCAACGGCAACGAACUAACCUAGCAAUUUACCGCUUACACCUCUGACCAACCGCCCACCAACUUAAGCCGAGCCCGUCCACCGGCCACUCAGGUCCGUCCGGCCGCCGGCCCGCCUGCCGCAGCCGUGGUGGCAGCCCCGGGAGGAGCACUGGCGUCUGUUUCCUUCGAUUCUCGGGAUUUGAAGAUGGCUGCACAGUCAGCGCCGAAAGUUGUGCUAAAAAGCACCACCAAGAUGUCUCUAAAUGAGCGCUUUACUAAUAUGCUGAAGAACAAACAGCCGAUGCCAGUGAAUAUUCGAGCUUCGAUGCAGCAACAACAGCAGCUAGCCAGUGCCAGAAACAGAAGACUGGCCCAGCAGAUGGAGAAUAGACCCUCUGUUCAGGCAGCAUUAAAACUUAAGCAGAGCUUAAAGCAGCGCCUGGGUAAGAGUAACAUCCAGGCACGGUUAGGCCGACCCACAGGGGCCCUGGCCAGGGGAGCAAUCGGAGGACGAGGCCUGCCCAUAAUCCAGAGAGGCUUGCCCAGAGGCGGACUACGUGGGGGACGUGCCACAAGAACCCUACUUAGGGGCGGGAUGUCGCUCCGAGGUCAAAACCUGCUCCGAGGUGGACGAGCCGUAGCUCCCCGAAUGGGCUUAAGAAGAGGUGGUGUUCGAGGUCGUGGAGGUCCUGGGAGAGGGGGCCUAGGGCGCGGAGCUAUGGGUCGUGGCGGAAUCGGUGGUAGAGGUCGGGGUAUGAUAGGUCGGGGAAGAGGGGGCUUUGGAGGCAGAGGCAGAGGCCGUGGACGAGGGAGAGGUGCCCUUGCUCGCCCUGUACUGACCAAGGAGCAGCUGGACAACCAGUUGGAUGCAUACAUGUUGAAAACGAAAGGACACCUGGAUGCUGAGUUGGAUGCCUACGUGGCACAGACAGAUCCUGAAACCAAUGAUUGAAGCCUACCCGCCCUCCUGUGAGAGACUCUUGUUAAAGUCACCACAUCUGUACAUAACCUUGAGAUAACAGAUGAGAAGAAACCUGAUUGAUGCUGGAAGGACCUAUCACAAUAGGCUGUGGAUUUACUUGCCACCAGUUUGUGCAUUUAGUGUGUUCCUUUUACUUUUUUGAUACUGUGUUGUAUGAAACCCUUUUUUCUUUGACUUGGGUUUUGUUUUGUUAUGUUGUUUGGGGUUUUUUUUUUUUUUUUUCCUUCACUGAAAUUUCUCCUUGAACGUGAAUGUGUUGGCCUUGUGGCUAGGACACGCUCUUCCCACCUCUUUCUCCUGUCACCUGUUAUACUGAUGUUCUAACAUUUCCUCUGUUGGUUUCUGUGCCCCCAUGAAACAAGUCCCCGAAAGGAGCCCAUCAGUGUUCCUCCCUAAUGCAUAGGUUUCUGAGAGUUAGGUCUGUUCUACAUCAUCUUUAAUAGCCUCUUAGAAGUGUUUAGAAAACAUGGAGCUCAGAAAUGGGUUAUGCCUUGUUGAUAUUUUAGUGUAGUAAAUUAGGAACAUUGAAAUAGCUACAGGGCCACAUAAUAGGUUACACAUGGUAGCAGUUCUGAUUUGAUUAAAGUUGCUACCAUG